GGAGCAGCUGGAGCCGGAACCAUGUUGCUGUGCCCUUUGGCUCUCACCCUCGUCCUGCUGGUGGUCUCUGGCAUCCACUGCGAUGUGAAGGAAAUUUGUUCUGGAAGCCCAGGCAUCCCUGGCACUCCAGGAUCGCACGGCCUGCCAGGCAGAGAUGGAAGAGAUGGCAUCAAAGGAGACCCCGGACCUCCAGGCCCCAUGGGUCCCCCUGGAGGAAUGCCAGGCCUCCCUGGGCGUGAAGGGCCCAUUGGAGCCCCUGGCGUGGCUGGUGAGCCUGGAGAUAAGGGAGAACCUGGUGAGAGAGGCCCUCCAGGGCUUCCAGCUUAUCUAGAUGAGGAGCUCCAAAGCACACUCCAAGACUUCAGACAUCAAAUCCUGCAGUCAAGGGGAGUCCUCAAUUUGCAGGGUUCCGUGCUGAUAGUGGGAGAGAAGCUCUUCUCCACCAAUGGGCAGUCGGGCAAUUUUGAUGCCAUUAGAGAGUUGUGUGGCAGAGCCGGCGGCAGCAUUGCGGUCCCGAGGAGUCCCGAAGAGAAUGAGGCCAUUGCGAGCAUCGUGAAGAAGCACAACACUUACACCUACCUGGGCCUGGCCGAGGGCCCCACCCCCGGAGCCUUCUACCUCCUGGACGGGACGCCUGCAAACUACACCAACUGGUACCCGGGGGAGCCCCGGGGUCGGGGCAAAGAAACCUGUGUGGAGAUGUACACGGAUGGGACGUGGAAUGACAAGAACUGCCGCCAGUACCGGCUGGCCAUCUGUGAGUUUUGA